AUGUUAUUCUCUUUGGGAAAUCGUCCUACCAAGGUCAGCGUGGUCACGAACCAUAUGAUCACUGAAGCCUUCCUCGCUGUCAUGGACUGUAAUGUUAUUGUUGUUGACUGGCAACGUCUCGCUGGUCAAGGAUGUAACACUGCUGCAAGAGGAGUGCCAGAUCUUGGCAAUCAUUUGGGUAGCUUUAUUUGGGUAGACAGUCUCCUUCUAACUGGCUUCAGUUUGGGAGCUUAUGUUGUCUGUAAUGCUGGACGCCAAAUCGGCGGGCGUGCUCGCAGAGAGACAGGCUUGGACUCGGCUGGUCCUACCUGUGGUGGAAACAGUCAAGCACUCAACCGAAACUGUGGUAGAUAUGUCGAAGGAAUCCACACCGAUGGACGUACCCGUGGCUUCAUGAAUCUUAUAGCACAUGCAGACUUCUACCCGAACGGUUGA